AUGAAUUGUACAGAAGAAUUUCAAAGAAAAAAUUAUUCUGGUACAACAUUAAAUUAUGCGAUGGAUGAUGAUGCUGGUUCAUGGUGGUGGUGGACAAAUAUUAUUGGUACAUUAUGUUUUGGUGGAAUUGGUUUAAUUGGUAAUACAAUCUGUUUUUUGGUUGUAUGUCGUUUUGCAUUACCACAACAUUCAUUUGUUCAAUAUCUUCGUGCAUUAGCAAUAUUCGAUUUUUUUUCGUUAUUAUUCGAAUGUUUUCAAUCAUUAAAUAGUUUACUUGUUUAUUUAUUUUCAAUAAAUAUUUUACAUUUUCGUUCAUCAAUAAUUUGUAAAAUUUAUGAAUAUUCAAAUCAUGUUUGUAUUUUACUUGCUUGUUGGACAAUUGUUGGUUUAACAUUUGAUCGUUUAAUCCUUUUAUGUGAUCCCUGGUCAAAACAAUGUCCAAAUUUAUCACGUAAAAUAUGUAAUUUACAAUGCGCAAAAAAAAUUAUAUUUUUUCUUAUUUUUCUUGCAUUAAUUAUAAAUCUUCCACAUUUAAUAUAUCAACAAUGGGUUUGUAGACAAUCUGGUUAUCGAUUUAGUGCAGCUUUCAAUGCAAAAAA